AUGUCGUCGUCAUCUGCUCUGAGUCUCGAAGAGAAGGAACACUUCCUCACCCAUGGCUGGGUCAAAAUCCCGGCUGCCUUCACGCAGCAGAGAGCACAGGAGAUCAUCGCCAAUGUCUGGACGAGACUAGGAAUGGAUCCAAAUGACAAGUCCACCUGGAACAAGGAACGUGUCAACAUGCCCUCACACAUGGAGUUCGACGCUGCAGACUUUGCUCCUCGCGCCUGGGCAGCCAUCAGCGAGCUUUGCGGCGGCGAGGAUAAGAUCGCGAACUGGUCCAAGAAGUGGAAGGACUCCCUUAUCGUCAACCUGGGCACACCACAGAAAGAAGGGAAACCAGUUCCCCCGCAAAAGCUGGACAAUUGGCACGUCGAUGGUGACUUCUUCGUCCACUACCUCGACAGCCCGGAGCAGGGCCUGCUCGUCAUUCCUCUCUUCACCGAUAUCAUGCCCGAGGGCGGCGGGACCAUGAUCUGUCCGGAGGCAAUCCCUAUCCUCGCCAAACACCUGUACGAGCAUCCCGAGGGUGUCUCGCCACGUAUGGCACCCCGCGGCGAUGCCGAGUUCAAGCAAGAGCAGCAUCUCAACUGGUUCAACAAUACGGCCAAGGGUUGCACCCAGUUUGUCGAGGCAACAGGCAAGGUCGGAGACGUGUACUUACUUCAUCCGCUGAUGCUGCACUCGGCCUCCAGCAACGCGAAGAGGAACGUCCGCAUCAUUACCAACCCGCCAGUAGCGCUGAAGCAACCGUUCAACUUUGAUAGGGAGGAUGGCAACUAUUCGCUCGUCGAGCAGGUAACGUUACGAGCCCUCGGAAAAGACCGUCUCAAAGGCUGGAAGAUCACCAGGCCAAGAGAACAGAUUGUCCCGGAGAGAGUCAGGAUCCAGGAGAGGAUGAAGCAGGAGGAGCUGGCGAGGUUGGAGGCUUUGAAGAAGGCGGCCGGCCCGGGAGCAUCACAGGGUGUACAGGCGGCGGCAUGAUAUUUUGCGGACGUUGUGCGUUAUUGUACGAUUUUCUAGUAGGACAGCUUACACGAUGUCAAAGUCAACAAGAAGAAGUUGGAGAUAUGGGAUGAU